GUUUCUCUUUUGCACCGCUUUUAACACUGUGGAGAUGCUGUGGUUGCAAGCUAUAGGUCUAAUAACCAUUGUUUAUAGCUUAAAAUCUUCAGACUCUGUUCGUUGGCCAGCUGGAACAUACGGCUUACCCAAACCUGUAUCCGGGUGUCCUAUGACUGAUGGCUUUCAAUGGGAGGAAGGAUGGAGAUCUCAGGAUUCACAUGGUACACAUUCAAAUAACGCAAAAUCCACUGAAUUUCAUCUUGAUGGAAAAGUUGAUUACGAGAAAGUCAACAGAUCGUUCUGUAUUAGAAGUACAGCUGACAAGAAUAACAGGCCCAAAUGGCCACCAGGUCAGUACUGCAUAUAUAAAAAGGGAGCAUGCCCAAAAGAUUUGACAGGAGGAGGUGUCUACUGGGAUGACGACGACUCAAAAAAUGCAAACAGUAAAGGCGGGGUUCUCCCUGGUGGUGAAUACAACAUAGACACAAAGAUCAAUUUUUGCUGUAAAACAGACGGAAACAAAGCCAGUGCUGUACUCCUUCCUUCCCAAUCUCCAUUUUAUCUGUUGGCUUACAAGUCAGCGAAAUGCCAGAUGGUCAUGUGGACGGCAGCAAAUCUGGAGUGGAUAUAUUAUGACACAGAACACUCGAACAACAACGACAGAGUCUUCAAAGCCUACCCCCACGAGGCUGAAAAACGACACCCCACGAUUUACUACUGUUACUACCGCGGGUGUGAAGUAACCCUUACCGCAGUCAGCGGCACUUUCCAGUCACCAAACAACUCAGAUGCACAGUACUGCUCCUGGACGAUCACGGUUAACAAAGUCCAACAAAUCCACUUGACGUUUAAGUACUUUAGUGAACAGAACGAAAACGGGUUCGAUGAGCUACAAGUGUAUGAUGGAGAGAACGCAACAGGGGUGAUCUUGGGAGUGUUUAACGGCAGUCAUCCUCCCCCUAAAGAUGGAAUUUACUCCUCGUCAAAUCGAAUUUUUGUUAUUUUUAAAUCAGAUAAGAAUAGCUCUUACACUGGUUUUAAAGCUGCAUAUUAUGGUUCUAAUUUCUCGGCGCCCUACGUUACGACAACACAAAGCCCGGAGAUGACAACAUCACCUUCAGGUACUCCUAAAACAAUUCCUACGGUGAAAGAAACGACAUCUAUUAGAGAGCCAAGACCAACAAGGGAAGGUGGAAGAAAACAUCAAAGUGGACAAACUGGGGAAAAAGGUUUUAAUGUCGUAGCUGUUGUCGUCCCCAUAGUAUCCAUUUUCAUUUUAACUGUCCUACUUGUAACUGGAUUUUUCUGCUGGAGAAGGAGGACGAUGAAAAUUGAAACAAAUACUGUACUUUUUUCAGCAAGGUCAAGCGAUCAACGCCCCAUCUCAGUUGAAAAUCCUUACUACGGCCGUGAUGUCAUAAUUGCAAACACAAACGAGCUGUACACUGAGCCUGUUACUGGACAUGCAAGAAAGAAUGAAGCGCAACCUUACAAGGAUCUAGUCAAAAAAGAUCAAGAUUUACUCCACGAUACUGCGGCCGAUGGUGUUGCGUUGAACUCCGUUUAUGACAGUGCUUUGGUUAUCGCAAACACAAACGGGUCGUGUUUCUCCCAAGACGAGUUGUACACUGAACCGGUCACAGACAACCAAAAAAGGAAUCUUCGGGCACAUUAUAUGGGGCUAGUGAAAGGGAAUCAAGAUUCAUUGCACCAGAGUGCGGCGGCUGAGUCUUCGAUAAACCCCGUUUAUGAAAGCUCCGGCUACAGGAAUGCAGAGCCGGAACCGCCUUUAUAUAUGGAAUUAGAGAAGGAAACUCCCUUGCAGGAAGAUGCUGCUGCCGAUGCUGUGUUAAACCCCAUAUAUGACAGAUGCGGAGUGAGGGGCAAGAAUACUAGAGACACUCCACGGGAAUGUAGAAGAUUUAAUGGUAAUACUGUCUUACAGACACUAGUUCAAUGCAUGGAGCUGAUAAUUUCAUUUUAUCACCGCUUGUGUUCGGAGAAAUAG